CGUUUGUGAAGGCGGGGCGUAGAGUGCAUCCAUCAUCACGUGACACAGAGAUACUCCAGAACUUCCGGAGAAAUUCAUCAUAUGUUUGAUGGGCGGUUAUAAAUAUUAUAUGCAUCAUGUCGUCCAGCACUGCUCAAAAUCUCCGGAUAGCAGCUGUCCAUCUGGCGUUUCUUUUUCUUCUAGAUGUGAUUUCCCUAGCAUAUGCAGAUAAGAGUUAUGAAGAUGUGCGUUGCAAGUGCAUCUGUCCACCCUACAGAAACAUCAGUGGACAUAUCUACAAAAAGAAUGUGUCCCAGAAAGACUGCAACUGUCUGCAUGUGGUGGAGCCCAUGCCAGUGCCUGGCCAUGAUGUGGAGGCCUACUGUCUGCUCUGUGAGUGCAAGUAUGAAGAACGAAGCAGCAACACCAUUAAGGUGACCAUUAUAAUCUACUUGUCAGUGGUUGGAGCUCUUCUGCUGUACAUGCUGUUUCUACUUCUAGUUGAUCCUCUUAUCCGCAAACAUGAUCUGUACACCAUGCCACUGCAGAAUGAGGAGGAUUCUGAGGAUGUGAGGCCCCAGGUGGAUGGUUCACAAGGUCGUGGGAACACUGUGCUGGAGAGAGUAGAGGGGGCUCAGCAGCGCUGGAAGAUACAGGUCCAGGAGCAGCGCAAGACUGUGUUUGACCGGCACAAGCUCCUCAGCUAAGCCCUCAGAUGGUGUCCAGCUGGGAAAAAGUCUAACAGGCACCACUGACUAAGACAACAUGCGUGGUGGUCUUAUAAAUUUAGCUUUUAUGACAAUAUGUUUUAUCAGUGGGCCUGCAUUAUCAUUUGUAUUAUUAUCUUACCAAGACUAACUUGGUUGAUUCCAGCUUUCAAACCGAAACUGUGAAAACAUAAAGCAACUUGUUUAGUUGCUUGCUGUUAACAUAGAUAUAAAACAAAAGAAUCAGCCAGCUCCAGUUGAUCUCACACCCACGGUCACCUUUACAUUUCUCACACAAUAACUUGAGUAUAUCGGUGCUGUCACUACUUUGCUUUGAAAAAGCAUUGCAAAGGAUGAGAUUACAUGGAAGUGUGCCGUGUUGUCUGGGAUUACUGCUGUAGACAGGAAUAUAAUAUAGAUGCGCUUAUGAAUGUGAAAAGUGUCAUUACACUGUUGUACUUUCGCUUUGAAUUAACAAAAAGUAUUGAAUGAUUACUAUUUAUUUAUUUAUUUGCAAGCUGAUAAUACCAUUCAGGAUGGUAUUAAGUGAUCAGCGAUCAUUUAAGUGAUCAGCACUGUCAAAUAGUGUGUCAUAAGCUUCCUCUAAAUGUUUGACACUUUUGUUGAAUUUUCUGAUUAACAGACAUUCAGAAAUAUUGAUUUUGCACCUCGAAAUGUGAAGGAAUUUGAACUUUGCUUGACUAUUGUAUUUGCUGCUAUAAUAAUUAUCCAGUGUGUAUCCAAACAAUUUGCAGCUGUUUUACAACUGAAAUAUUCUUGCUUAUGUGAAAAUGCACUAAAAUAUUAAAUAUAAAAAUAAUGUUGUCAACUUUCUUUGUACAUUU